AUGCGUUUUCGUACGCUCGAAAUUCGUUGGCACGACUCUAAGCCUAUCUCAACGUGCGACUUUCAACCUGUUCCAUCGUUCAAAAAGGCUCGGCCGACAGGAAAUGCCUCUGGAGAGCCUAAUCUCGAGUGGGCGGAGAGGUGGGCUGAGCAGAAGUAUCGUUUAGCGACAGGCGGCGAGGAUAACCACGUUAGGGUAUGGAUGGUUUAUCCUAGUAUACGACCGACAGACUCUUCCUUCUCCCUGCCGUCGCAACCAGCCGUGCCAAGACAUCCACGCGUCGAAUAUCUCGCCACUCUCAGCCGACAUUCUGCAGCUGUGAACGUCGUCAGAUGGAGUCCCAAUGGCGAACUCAUUGCCUCUGCUGGCGACGAUGGCAUGAUCAUCAUCUGGUCUCCUUCCACAACGCCACAAGCAUCCACAUACGGCAGUGAUCUGAGCCCCGAAGAGCUUCAAAAUGAGAAGGAAUACUGGAGAGUGCGGUGUAUGUUUAGAUGUACUGCCAUGCAAGUUUAUGAUUUGGCCUGGAGCCCGACGGGUGAAUACAUAAUAGCUGGAAGUACAGACAAUGCUGCCAGGGUCUUCCAAUCCAGUGAUGGAAAAUGUGUGCACGAAAUAGCAGAACAUAACCACUAUGUGCAAGGGGUUUCUUGGGACCCUCUCAAUGAAUACAUAGCCACGCAAUCCUCUGAUCAUUCCAUGCACGUGUAUCGUAUCAACACGAACAGAAGUCAUUUCGAAGUACACGCCGUCGGCCGCAACAGAGAGAUGAGCCUGGCCGGAGCUCGUAGACAUGGUCGUACUUCCAGCAUUGUCAGCGAAGAUGGAAGAGGAAGGCAGGCCACUCGGCCGCACAUAGCACGGCGCGAAAGCACCACAAGUGAUGUCGAGUCCGCUCUUGAUGAUAAAGACGGUCCCGCGCUCUGGUCGACGUCAGCCCCUACACCUGCUGUACCACCAGCUGCGGCUCCAGCCAUAGCUAACAAAGAACCGACACCUCUUACGCCCGCCACGUCAGUUGCGUCGACACCUCUAUUUCCUACAAUGUUUCCUCCACCAGGCCCAGCUUCUGAGAAGGGAGUGCCUCAACCCUCCUCUCGCCGGUCUUCGUUUAGCGGCUCCAACGCACCUUCCUCCCCAGCCUUUAGUAUGAGCAGCCGAUUUGGUGGUCGGUCUCCCAGCCCCAUGCCACCUCUUCCGGCUAUCAGGACAGCCACGCCUGUACCUUGGCUUCAUGCCGUUGGCGAAGGGACCGUUAGUUUAUAUGGUGACGAAAGCUAUACCAACUUCUUCCGCCGGUUAACGUUCAGCCCCGAUGGUGGUUUACUUUUGACCCCUGCUGGACAGUUUGAGGACCCAGAAGUUGUGGUGAAGGAUGACGAAACCACGAAACGCGGCCGAAAAGCGAAGGCAUUGGACAGUUCAGAAGACAGCAGUUCUGAAGCGGACAAGAAUUCUUGCGUGUAUAUCUACACACGUGCGAAUUUUGCGCGACCUCCUGUUGCGCAAUUACCAGGGCAUAAGAAGGCGAGCGUGGGUGUCCGGUUUAGUCCAGUGCUGUUUGAAUUGAGGAGCGGUGUGAGUGGCGCUGGUGGGGAGACAGGUCCGAAGACCGCAGUUUUGGAGAAAGGAAAGAAUGUGGAAGAUUCAAUGGAAGUAAACAUUGUCGGCGAACUUGCGACAUCUGCAUCAGAAAACCAGCCUGUGUGGUCUCAACAGAAAAUUGCUGCACCUGCACCCAUGCUUCCCAGCAGCUCGGACGCCUCGAUGUUUAACCUUGUGGCUUCUCCUGCGAUAUCACCGCAGGACGCGACCGCUCUGCGGCCUCCUACACCCGCGGCCUCCAAACCUGGUACGCCGAUACACGUCGGGGUUGUAGGAUCAGGAAAUAGUGUGGUGUCAACUUCUGGCUCUGUCUUCGCCCUUCCUUAUCGCAUGUUGUUCGCUGUGGUCACGAUGGAUACUGUGGCGAUCUAUGAUACGCAGCAGGCUGGACCCAUCUGUCUGUUAACAAAACUUCACUACGACGAGUUUACAGAUGCCAGUUGGUCUCCAGAUGGUCAAAGCCUUAUCCUUUCAUCAAGGGACGGAUAUUGCACUUUGAUUGUUUUCGAUGAAAUCCUUCCAGCAUAUCCUACCCAACAACAAGCGCUCCAGCUUCAGUCGAUUGCACACCAACAUUCAGUACCAUUGGAUAUAACGCCGUCACCCUCCCACCGUCGAAGCGCAUCGACGAGCUCUCGAGCUGGAACGCCCAUCGCUACGCCUGUCUUUGGGAAUGUGCCGUUGCCUUUCGCUUCUAGUACUACUACGCCUAUGACGAAAGGUGAACCACUUACACCAGCGGCGAGUGUCGACGGAGGAGAUGCAUCUAUCCUUCCCGCAGGCGAUUUCGUGUUCCCUGCGAAACGAGAGAGAGAAACGACAACAGGGCCAGAGAGUGCGACGGAAGACCAAACUCCUGAGCCUCCGAAAAAGAAACGCCGCGUUGCGUUGACAAGAGUGGGAGACGUAGGUUCAUGA